UUUUAGACUUUUAAUCUAUCACCUUUUUUAUUUAUUAAAUUUUUAAUAAAAAUUUGAAAGAAUAAUUAUUUUUGUCUACAGAGUAUGGAUAAUAAGGAAAACGUCCGAACUUUAGUGAUGCUAUAUGAGCAGCAGCCCUGCUUGUAUAUUACAAAAUGUGCUGAUUAUCAUAAUAAAAAUUAAUGUGAUCAAGCACUGAAAACAAUAUGUAAUAAUUAUCAGGAAAUAACGAAUGAAUCAAUAACAGUUGAUGCAGUAAAAAAAAAUUAAUAACUUGCGAUCUCAAUAUUUGGAUCAAGUUAAUAAAAUUCGGCAAUCAAAAAUGAGUGGAGCUUCAACAGAUGAAGUAUACAAGCCUACGUGGUGGUUAUUUGAAGAUAUGUCAUUUUUGAGUGCUCAUGUUGCAGCCAGAUCAGGCAAAUCUUCAUUAAUAGUAAUUGCAAAGAAUAUAUAUUGUUAUUAUAAAAAUUGUAAUUUUCAAACUACAUAUUUUAAUUCUAAUUUAUUGCAGCAUUCUAAUAAACAAUCUGAUGUGCCACCUACAAACGUCACGAAUAUAAUAAAUGAUUCGUCGGUGGAAGAGUUGCAAUACACAGAAAUAUGUGAUCUUAUUAACAAAAAUAAUGGUAAUAAUAGUUAUACACACAACAUACACGCACCUGUUAAAGACUAUGACAAUAAUAGUCAUUCGCCUACUUUCUCAGGAUCCAGUUCAAGCAAAUUAUCAAGUCGUACAGAACGUAACAAGAAAAAAAAAGAAGUAGAAACGUCAGAUGCUAGACUAAAUUUUUGGAAAGCUGCAUCUCAAACAUUAAUAAAUAUAUCUGAUGAUAAUGAUAAUGUCACAGAUGGAAUACAUCACUGGAUUCUAUAUUUGGAAAGCGAAUUACGUAAAAUAAAAGACAGAAAACGAUUGAAGCGAUUGCAAAGAAAAAUUAUUGAUUUAAUAGACGAUGAAGAUAAUUAAAAAAAAACAUGCAUAUAUAUCUAUUAUUUUUAAAAUAAUUAUUUUUAUUUUAACGCAAUAUUUAUAAUAAUAGAUGUUAUUUGAAGACUUAUUACUGUUUAAGUAAUACUCGUUUUAUGCCAAAGUUAUGAUAAAUACUUACUAUCUUAUAUUUUGCCAUAUUAUAUUCAUGAAGUAAUAUUAACUCAUUAACGUCCAAGCGCACGCAUUUUUACAUAAUUUUCAGACACUUUAUUUGUAAUGUUAAAGUCCUAUAAAAAAUUUGAAAAGUAUCGUUGCUUACGUGAAAUUUUAUGCUCUUUCAGAAUCCAUUGUCAAAAUUUGUGUAAAAAAUAGUCUAAAAAAAGUUAUAACGGGUUUUAAGUAAAAAAAUAUGAAACUCUUUUUGCAACCAUCGGUGCACAAAAUAUUUGUACUUUACGGGUAUAUUUUUAAAAUUUGUUAAAAUUGUAAUUUUGUACAUCGUACAAAUAUUUUAUACAUCGAUGGUUGCAAAAAGAGUUGGAGUUUCCUUUUUCGAUGUGAAAAAUAAAUAUUAGAAAAAGUUUUUGUGAUUUUUUUGUAUUUUUGGAUUUAAAACCCGUCAUAUCUUUUUGGCACUAUUUUUUACACAACUUUUGAUAAAAGAUUCUAAAAAAGUAUAAAAUUUUACGUAAGAAAUAAUAGUUUUCAAAUUUUUUAUAGACCUAUAACGUUGCAAAUAAAGUCGUUAAAUAUUAUAUUGAAAAUGCUUGUGCUUGGACGUUAAUGGGUUAAAUUUAUGAUAAAAUUAUAAAUCGAGUACAUUAUAUGCAAAAAGUUAUGUUUAUUAUAAAAGUUUAUUAUUUAUUUUGAAUUAUUAAAAUUUUUACACACGCAACAUACACUACAAUUUACUAUAUAUUAUACAUAUAUACUAUGUACUAUAAUACAUACUAUUAUUAAAUACAUACAUAAAAUUAACUGUUAUGUUAUCUACUGUGUGCCAAUUAAUAAAAAAAUAUUGAAUAUAAA